UUAAAAUGUUCAAAAUUCUCAGUGAAACAGCAAAAGGAAUCCCCGUUCUGAAGCAACUGGAAUCGGCUGGAAAGUUAUCCAGAAAUCGUCCAUUUUCUUCCUCCGGCAAGAAAUCCGUAGACCAAGGACUGACGGAUUUUAGUCAGAGAAAAGAAUGUCAGCAGCAAUCUUGUGCAGAGCGCUCAAGGAAGGUGCAACCGGAAGAUCCGCCAUCAAAUUGCGAAAAAAUGGCUAGCCCGAAAACCUGGCGUGCCUGCCCAGAACCUCCGAAGCCUAAAGAAUUCUCAUGCGAUGAUACGCUCCAGCAGAAAGUUCCCCGCCGGAAGAAACGACCCGUGACAUCCAGACCAGCUUGUUCUAAGCCAGCCCCAAGCCUGGAAGCUCCUGAAUGCGUCAAGAUAAAGCAAGAACUUUGUCCUCGUACUUCGGCGCCUGGAUGCACCAAGGCGAAAUUUCCACCUAAAUGCGAGCCCAAGAAGGUUGUACGCGAUUGUGUCAAGUUGAACCCACCAGUUCCUUCCUUUUCGGAAUGUUACAAGAAUCCAUUCCCGCCGCAGCCUCGCUCGGAAUGUACCUGUCUGACGGUACCCAAAAUCUGUCUGUGAAGUGCUCGAGUAGAAGUAACUGACGAUAAAAUGAGAUUUGAAAUGUGAG